ACAGGGUGGCGUUGUAAUGCAAAAAAUUAUAAACAAAUGUACCUAUCUUUGAAUUGAUUGAACAUUGAAUUAGCCACUUAACGGCGGUAGUUUGUAUACAUUGUAUACAUGUUUAAGUGUCGCGGAAAAAUAACCUCUAAUGGAAAAAAUUAAACCCGUACAAAAUAAUAUAUCAAAAUGUAUCAAAACUAUCUGUCCAUCACCGGAGCAACUUAGCAUAAUAACGAAUAAUAUAAAAUGCGAAAAAUGUGGACUCGUAUUUAAAAAUGAACCGCGAUAUCGGUUACAUGACCUUAAAGUACAUCAGCGUAAAAAUUUAGAUAAAACGAUAAAAGAAAAUGUACAGUAUCAUUGUCCAGUAGAAUCGUGUAUUUAUGCUCCAAAAGCAGAAAGACAUUUUAGUACUAUGAAAUAUCUUAAACAGCAUUACCUUAAAGUACAUGCAAAAAAAACAUAUGCAUGUACUCGUUGUGACAAAAGCUUUUCUACUGAAGCAGCAAAGGAAGGACAUAUGAGAAUAUGUGGAAUUGAGUUCGUAUGUUCUUGUUUAAAAACUUAUACUUCUUAUGAAGCCUUGCUUACACAUGCAAAACGAUCAUUACAUACUAUAGAUGAUAAAUAUAAAAAUUUUUUAAGACGCACAAAUUCUAAAGCAAUGAGAUUGAUUUUACCAACUAGUCAAACAGAAAUAAAUAAACUAAUUACAAUACUACCAACAAAUCAAAAUGAAAAUAGAAUAUCAGAUAAUAAUGGUUCUAUACAGAAAUUAACAUUAGAUAUUGGUAUACAAACUGAUGAAUAUAAAAAGAAUAAAAGAAUAUCAAGUCCAUUAAAACAUAUUAACAAUAGUUAUUAUCAUAAUGGAAAACGUGGAAUAUCUAAACAAACGCAGACAAGUAUUUUCCAAAAAGUUAAACAAAAUGUAAUAUCCAUGGAAACACAAACUACACAAGCUUCACAAGCAUUUAAGAAUGCAUUAAAACUUCAAAAACAUGGAAGAAAUUCUGUAUCUCAAAAUUCUGAUUAUACACUGUUAAAGGAAGACCUUAAUCUUGGCAAUUUUACAGCUGCAAAUUUAUUUCCUGGUAGUCCAUUACCACUUCGUCAUGAUGAUGGAUUACAAGAUUUUUGGGAAGAAAAGAGUACAUCAGGUACUCAAACAAUACCUGAAAAAGACAUGUUUGAAGUUCUAAAUGAUAAUGUUACUCAAACAGAAUUUGAAACAUUUUAUGAACAUAGUACAAAUCCAUUAAUGCAGUGUACUCCAAAGAGUACAGUUGCUUUAAUGACUUUACCUUAUGUUGAAGAAACAUCGAAUGUUGAAGGAUAUUCCUUUGUAUCUUCAGAUAGUAUAUCACGAUCAGAUCCCAUGCUUACAGAUAAAACUUUUGAUGACAAAUUUAGCAGUAUAGAAACUCAAACAGAACAAGCUUAUUCAUUUUUUGAUUCAGAUCCUUUAACUAGAUCAUUUGCUUUAAGUUCUAUUGAAACACAAACUACAAAUAAUAUUGAUAACAUGGAACAGUUAUUAUAUAAUAAUACAUGCACGCAAACUUGCGAUGAAAUACUACCAACUGAUCUAGGAUUAUCUAAUAUUCAAACACAAACACCUUGGACUCAACUUGAAGAUACUACUGUUUCUGCUGAAACACAAACAAAAUCUUUGAUAUGUGAAACAGGUUGCAAUAUUUCAAUAGGUGCAUGUCGUUCAUGGUUGAGUACUCAAACUAGUCAUACUGAAACACAAACUGAUUUACUUAGUAUUUUUGAAAGUCUUCAAUAAUAAAGUAUUUAAUUUUUGUGCAGAUGGUGAUAUAACAAUUGAUAUUUAAGUAAUUUGCAUUUGGUAUUGUAAAAUAAGACUAAUUUUUCGUAUUGUUAUUUAGUACUUUGGUAUUUUUUAUAUUUUAUUACAAACUAAUUAUAUGUAUUUAAGUUCCUGUAUAUGUGCAAUUUGUUAAUGAAAUAUUACGUGCAUUGAUUGAGAACUGCAUUUUCUUAAAAAGAAUAUUUUAAAUUUACUGUAUUAUACAGUAUCCACACUGCCAUAAUUUUAAAAUAUGUAUUGUUUAUACAUAUGUUUCCAGAAUAAAAUCAUACACAUUGCAGGCAAUGUAGUUACAUGUAACUUAUUAAAAUAUUAAUUUAAGAUCCUCAUAAUGGAAAAAAUAUUAUUAAUUUUCAAUUUAAAUUUUAAGGGGGCAAAUAAGCCUUGAAAUUUUUUUUUAUAAAUCAAACGUAAUCUAAUUUUAAAUAAUAAUUAAAUUAAUGAAUUUAAUGAAAAGGUAUUUGAGAUAAUAAUAAUCAAAUUAUUGCAGCUCAAAAUAAAUUAUUAAUAUAAAAUUGAUAAUAAAAUAUUUUUAUAAAUAUUGAUCCACAAGUUUUAAAAUGUUUAUGAUGUUAAUGUAUUAUGAAAACAUAAAAUAUUGUGUUAUUAUAUUAUAAAUACAUGAUUUUUAACUUUUAAUGUAUUUAAAUAGAUGUAUGAUUUUUAGAUUUAAAUAUUUGUAAUCAUUCGUAUAUCAACUUUCGUACAAAGGCAAUUUUCAAAAAUUUAAUUUGUUUGUAUAUAUAUGUAUUAUUAUUAUACAUUGUUUAGAAAAACAUUUGUCAAUCGUAAUUACAAUCUUAUUCAUUAGGAGAUUCAUGUUUCUGAGACUCAAGAGUCAUGUACCCCCUUAAAUAGAAAAAUACAUGAAGAAUCUUUUGCUUUAAAUAUAAUUGUUUAACUGAUAGUUUCAACAUUUACAAAGAAAUUGAACAUGUAAUCUGAAACUGUACACGUAACAUUGUUACAAUAACUAUUAAAA